GGCGGCUGCUGGCUCCGGAAGGCACCGGUGUGGCGUGAGUCGCGCGUUGUGGUCGUGCCGCGCGGGCCGCGUGAGGGAGCCAGCUCUUCGGGUAAUAUCUGACUGUUAGUUCACGCUAACUCGAGUAGCAUUUUUGUUUUGGAAGCCGUCUCUCCUCCCCGCCUCCUGUCUCGGCCGAGGCCGGCGUGAUGGCAGAAGCGGCCGCGGGCGCCAGCGGCGAGGCGAUGGCGGCGAUGGUGGUGGCGGCGGCGGAAGGCUCCUCGGGCCCGGCGAUCUUGUCUCUGGGCCGGGGCUUUUCGAGCUACCGGCCCUUUGAGCCCCAAGCCCUGGGCCUCAGCCCGACUUGGCGGCUGACGGGCUUCUCCGGCAUGAAGGGCUGAGGCUGCAAGGUCCCCCAGGAGACGCUGCUCAAACUCCUGGAGGGACUGACGCAGCCGGCCCUGCGGCCCCCGCUGGGCCCCGGCUUGGUUGGAAGCCUCGAUGAGGUGGCCCAGGAAGCUGGCCUGCAAGCCGCCGCCGCCUUUCCCACCCUGAGCAUUGGGAUGGACUCGUGCGUCAUCCCGCUGAGGCACGGGGGUCUGUCGCUGAUACAGACCACCGACUUCUUUUACCCCUUGGUCGAAGAUCCUUACAUGAUGGGGCGGAUAGCGUGUGCCAACGUGCUGAGUGACCUCUACGCCAUGGGCAUUACUGAAUGUGACAACAUGCUAAUGUUACUCAGCGUCAGCCAGAGUAUGAGUGAGGAGGAACGAGAGAAGGUGACACCGCUCAUGGUCAAAGGCUUUCGGGAUGCUGCUGAGGAGGGAGGAACCGCAGUGACGGGUGGACAGACAGUGGUCAACCCCUGGAUUAUCAUCGGUGGGGUGGCCACUGUGGUGUGUCAGCCCAAUGAAUUCAUCAUGCCUGACAGCGCUGUGGUAGGGGAUGUGCUCGUGUUGACCAAACCCUUAGGAACCCAGGUUGCCGUCAAUGCCCACCAAUGGUUGGAUAACCCCGAAAGGUGGGGUAAGAUAAAGAUGGUAGUGUCGAAAGAGGAAGUCGAGCUGGCCUAUCAGGAAGCCAUGUUCAAUAUGGCUACCCUAAACAGAACUGCCGCUGGGUUAAUGCACACAUUUAAUGCCCAUGCAGCCACCGAUAUCACAGGCUUUGGCAUCUUAGGACACUCUCAGAAUCUGGCAAAACAGCAGAGAAACGAGGUGUCUUUUGUCAUUCAUAAUCUGCCAAUUAUCGCCAAGAUGGCUGCCGUCAGCAAGGCCAGUGGGCGGUUCGGACUCCUCCAAGGAACCUCAUCUGAAACCUCUGGAGGACUGCUCAUUUGUCUGCCAAGAGAACAGGCAGCCCGCUUCUGUUCUGAAAUCAAAUCUUCAAAGUAUGGAGAGGGUCACCAAGCUUGGAUUGUCGGCAUCGUGGAAAAGGGAAACAGGACGGCUCGGAUCAUUGACAAGCCUCGAGUUAUUGAGGUUCUACCUCGUGGUGCCACUGCUGCUGCUGCUGCUCCUGAUAAUUCCAACGCUUCCUCUGAGCCUAAUUCGUGAGAUGGAAUAGCAGAAGUAGUUAGGAACUUCAAGCCUUUGUACACGAUGAUGGAUGAGUCUCAAGUGUUGAUUUUAAGAAAUUUCCAAAGAAGCCUGCCUGCAUAGUGGUUCCAGCUGCCCUGUCUAGGUGAUUCGAAUCAAGUCAUCAAAAGUGCCCGUGUGUACAUUCCAAGGCCAGAAGUAACAUUUUGAACUUGGGGGUGGGAGGGGUAGGGACAUGUGUUCAUCUCUUGGGUAGAUGAGGAGCAGAAAAAAAAAAAAAAGCCAAAACCUGCUUUCUCUUUUGAAAGCAAGAUGAAGAUGAAGCUGUUCCAGUUUGAUGGAUUUGUCUUUGCACUGGGUUGAUUCAUUUCUGCACAGGGGGUGAGAUUAUUAGAAUUACCUACACAAAAACUAAAUUGCAACAUGAAAAUGAGAAGCAAAUGAGUUUGAACCAAUACUAUUGAUAAGUCUAAAUUGCUAAGAGAAAUCUUAUGAUGCAAUGUCAAAUUCUUUUAUUAGAUUUUUUUCUGAGGAACUGUCUCUUUUCCUACUCUGGACAAGAGUUGAGCAGCUUGUCCAAUGACUGGGAAAGGAGGACAUGCAACCACCUGACUUGGUCUCUAUUAAUGAUGUCUUUCCCUCUAAACCCCGGUAAGGACUGGGAAAGGCAGAGCAAGCUCUAGAGCCCAGGCCUUCGUGGUCAUUAAGAUGUUAAAUAUUGUGCUGAAAAAUUCCUGGUGAUUUAAUUAAUAAUUUCUUUUGGUUUAAUAAAUAAAAGGGACUUUGUUGGAAAA